AUGUCAGCUGCAGCCCCACACGAAAAUAAGGAAACCUCACUUCUUGUCGAAAGUUUUGAGAAUCACCACUUGACCUAUCAUGCAAGCUCCACAUACGGAAAUUUUGAUACUCACUUCUUCUAUGGUCAGGAUGAGGAAAGAUCUGAUGGUCUGUUGAAUCUCAGGAAGUCUUACCGAGAUCAAUCCAAAUAUCCGGAUUUUCUACCAACAUGGGAUCCUACUGAAAAGUACCCAGCGUUGAAGUUCUACAAGUACGAAGAUCCGGCUCUGAGGGCUGACCCAAGUUUCUUUAAUUUGUUCCCUGAAGACCAGGAAGAGGGCAUUUCCAUCAAGAGGCUUACUCCGAAACUUGGCACUGAGGUCAAAGGUGUUCAAUUGAGCUCGUUAUCCAAUGCUGCUAAAGAUGAGCUGGCUCUGUUGGUUGCGCAGAGAGGAGUAGUUGUGUUCAGAAAUCAAGAUUUUGCUUCGAAAGGAGCCGCUCAUGCUGCCGAGUAUGGUAAGCACUUUGGGAGACUACAUAUACAUCAAACAAGUGGACAUCCCGAAAAGGUUCCCGAGUUGCAUAUUACUUUCAGAAGGCCGGACCAUGAUGAAUACGAGAGAGUUUUCCAAGACGCAACUUCUUCUAUUGGUUGGCACACGGAUGUGUCCUAUGAACUACAGCCUCCCUCAUAUACUUUCUUCAGUGUCCUCGAAGGUCCCGAUGGUGGAGGUGACACCUUGUUUGCGGAUACUAUAGAGGCUUUCAACAGACUUUCUAAACCUUUCCAAGAUUUCUUGAGUACUUUACAUGUUGUUCACAGUUCCAAGGAACAAGCUGAAAACUCUAAAAACCAAGGGGGAAUUCAAAGAAGAAUACCAGUCACUCAUGUUCAUCCGCUUGUGAGAAUCCAUCCUGUCUUGAAGAAGAAGGCACUUUAUGUGAACCGUGGCUUCUCUAGAAGAAUAAUAGAACUCAAGAAACCUGAGUCGGAAGCUUUGUUGAAUUACUUGUACAACUUGGUGGAGGGUUCUCAUGAUUUGCAAGUGAGGGCCAAAUGGGAACCUGGCUCUGUGACUGUUUGGGAUAAUCGCAGAUUAACCCAUUCUGCUAUUAUUGAUUGGGAAGAACCAGUGCUAAGACAUGCUUUCCGCAUCACUCCACAAGCUGAGAGACCAGUGGAGGACUUGAAAUACUUGAACGACGAAACUUACUAUCCUUCCUCACUCACAUUAGAUUUAUAG